GGCCCAAGGGAGACGCAGGUGGACGCCGGGGGGCGCCGGAACAGAAAAUGGCCAGUGCUGCCUCAGUUCGUCAGGGCCCAAGGAGGAAGAUCUUUACAUAGAACAGAGCACACCCUGCACAGGGAAGCCAGGCCGCCCUGACCUACACGGCGUGCUGAGAUGUGCUCCCCUCAGGCCAAGGACGCGUUUAGAGACAUCGCCAUGUACUUCUCCAAGGAGGAGUGGACUGCCAUGGGUGACUGGGAGAAAAGGCGCUAUCGCAACGUGAAGAGGAACUACCAGGCGCUGAUCAGUAUAGGUCUCAGAGCCCCUCGGCCAGCUUUCAUGUGCCACCGCAGGCUGGCCAUCAAACCCAAGGAAGAGGACAGCGAGGAUUCUGACGAAGAGUGGACACCACGGCGGCAAGUCAAACAUCCACGGGUGGCCUUCAGAGUAAAACAGAGUAAACGCCAGAAGGGAAUGUCCAGAGCUGCAGUAAGUAAAGAAUCUAGUUUGAAGGAAAUGUCAGGAACAGCAGCUUUGCUGAACACCAGUGGCUCAGAGGAGGCCCAGAGACCAGUGAACCUUCCUAAAGAAGCAAGUACUUCUGGACAGCACUCUAGACAAAAACAGGAGCUGAGGAGAAAGAAGCCUGACGUGAAGAUGUACUCACUACGAGAGAGAAAAGGCUGCACAUACCAAGAGGUCAGCGAGCCCCAGGACGAUGACUACCUCUAUUGUGAGAACUGUCAGAACUUCUUCGUUGACAGCUGUGAUGCCCACGGAGCCCCUACAUUCAUCAAAGACAAUGACGUAGACAAGGGGCAUCCUGACCGCUCAGCCCUCACCCUGCCCCCUGGGCUGAGGAUCGGGCCUUCAAGCAUCCCGGAGGCUGGGCUGGGAGUCUGGAAUGAAGUGUCCAACCUGCCACUGGGCCUGCACUUUGGCCCCUAUGAGGGCCACAUCACAGAAGAUGAAGAGGCAGCCAACAGCGGGUACUCCUGGCUGAUCACUAAAGGGAGAAAUUGCUACGAGUAUGUGGAUGGAAAAGACAAGUCUUGGGCCAACUGGAUGAGGUACGUGAACUGUGCCAGGGACGAGGAGGAGCAGAACCUGGUGGCCUUUCAGUACCACAGGCAGAUAUUCUACCGCACCUGCCAGGUGGUCAGGCCAGGCCAGGAGCUGCUGGUCUGGUAUGGCGAUGAGUACGGCCAGGAGCUAGGCAUCAAGUGGGGCAGUGAGUGGAAGAGGGCACCUGCUACUGAGAGAGCAGAACCAAAGCCAGGGAUCCACCCAUGUCCCUCCUGCUCGCUGGCCUUCUCCACUGAGAAAUUCCUCAACCAACAUGUGCAACACCAUCAUCCCACCCAGACCUUCCCAGCAACAUCUGUGAGCAAACACUUCCCAUCAGAGGAUCCCUGCCCUGGUCAUCAGCAUCAGCAGCUGGCACAUUCUGGUCCCCACAGCGGGAAUGACAAACUUGAAAGCCAAGAUGUCAAAGAAAGUCCCAAACCUUUGCUUAAAAGGAUAAGGCAGAAGAACGUUUCAAAGGCCUUUUCCAAUCUGCCAACAAGGCAAAACUGGAGCUCUAGGGAGCAUGAGAGAGUGAUGGAGGAAGAGCCAAGCCCAGGCCAGAAAGAGAAUCCAAAGGACACAGGCAAAUUAUUCACUGGGGUAGGAUUGUCAAUAACUGCAACAGGCGAGUAUAGAGGGAGUGGGCAAGGUGUCCAUGAGCAGUCACACCUCAGCACACACCAGAGGACACAGGCAGGGGAGAAGCCCUAUGUCUGCAGGGAGUGUGGGCGAGGCUUUGGUCGUAAGUCACACCUCAUCACACACCAGAGGACACACACAGGGGAGAAGCCCUAUGUUUGCGAGGAGUGUGGGAGAAGCUUCAGUGAUAAAUCUACCCUCAUCACACACCAGAGGACACACACAGGGGAGAAGCCCUUUGUCUGCAGGGAGUGUGGGCGAGCCUUUAGCCAUAAGUCAUACCUCAUCAGACACCAGAGGACACACACAGGGGAGAAGCCCUGUGUCUGCAGGGAGUGUGGGCGAGGCUUCAGCCGUAAGUCACACCUCAUCAGACACCAGAGGACACACAGGGGAGAAGCCCUGUGUCUGUAGAAGGGUGAGUAGUUCAUUAUCAGUGAAUCACAUCUCAGCAGCCACAGAGGACAAAUGCAGGCACCACACAUUCUGAACUUCCUCUGGGGUUGGGGGUAGGCGCUUCAGAGGUAGUCUAAUGACCGGUCCACUCCCCAAGAGCCUAGUGAGGUCAGAAACCAUCUAAAUAAUCCUCCACUCUCAAGACGAGAUGAGGACAAACAGGUACUUGAGUGGCAUGGCCAUCAAUCGCCUCCAUGGUUUUGUCUGUUUUGUCUUGUUGCCUUUGCUCCAGUAAAUUUUGU